CUCUGUGAUAACGUACCUACAUCCAACAAUCAAUUAUAAUUUAGAGCUUUACUGUAUAUCCUUGGAUCUAUGCAAUGAUGAGUUUAAUGAUAUGGUCGUUAUUGUGGCUGUUAUUCGGUCAAGGAUUCACAAUGAAAAUGGGUUGGAAUGAAGGACUUGAGUUUUGUGAGGAAGAAUGGAAGAAUUUUGUGGCGGACAAAAUUGAAAUCGAUUCGAAAUGCAACAAUACUCGUACACGUUGUUGUGUUGAGGAGAAGAAAUAUCAUUUAGAGCGAUUUAAAAUGUUUUGUGAAAUAUGUCCACUUGAAGGGACAUGUGGAUGCAGCCCGAUGAUUUUGAACUUUACUGCUGUGUCAUACGUCGAUUAUGGUCCUUCUUCUCGUCGUUAUUAUCGUAGUCAUUUUUUUCCAUCCGCAAAAUGGAAAGAACCAGAAAACUUCACGUGUUCACAUAAGUACAUAAAUGAAAGAAUAGAAAAGUCAUAUCUUACAUCUUCUGGUGGCUUUUCAAUCGGACAACACAAAAUCCCUUACAAGUAUGUUUUAUACGGUGGAAAAAAUCACACUUGUUAUGUUGUCAUCAACGUGAACAAAAAACGACAAGGUACAUGCAAGGGCAGUUCAUUUUAGUUUCUCCUGUGUCAGUUUAAUUUAUAGUGCACCAAUGUGAUUAAAGUGCUUCAUAUUCAACUUCGCUCAAAUCCAUACGGCACUUUGACCUAUAUUCAAUUCAUCAUGUACGUAUAAUCUUAAGUCAAUUUCUUUGCAGUUGCAAAGCUAAUAGAAUAC